GGCACGGGCAUCUUUUUCCCUUCCCUAGCAGCAGCUUUUACUGGGUGAGAUAUAUUAAGGACAGCGGAUAUUCUCACGCACCCAGUCACAUCGCUCCAGUGGUCGCCCUAUCAUUGAUAGCGUGGGGACGGAGAUCUCACUGGCCCAGCUAGCCGCCGGGCUCAUGAGCGCCCCCAGACCCUGGUUCCGUGCGUCAAAACCGUCGCCAGGUGAAUUGACAAUUCCACACUCCGAUGCAAUGCCUUGAAAUGCGGGUUCAUCGCCGGAAUCCUGAUUCAAAGUGCAUCCUCAUCAUCUACCAAGAAAGCCCAGGCAAACGACAAGCGAAACGCUCUGCCCCGCCCGGGCCGUCCCACCCUAAUUAGCUCCAGGUUCAGCGAGGCUGAGAUUCAGGGGACGGGGAGACUUGGGAGAUUCCCCGAUGUCUUCCACCACCUGGACAUCUUUCUGUCCGGCCCAACUAAGCAUGGCUCUAUCCACGCCCCAGAAACGGUUCGGCCGGUUGCUUCUCUAUGUGGUCGGGGUGAUUGUCAUCCUCCUCGUCUUGUGGCCGUUGCCCUAUGCUCGGGCCACCGUGCGGAAAGGAGCUGGGGGAUCCCGGACCCAGCUGGAUGCGAUCAGGAACGAGACUUUGGGGGUUGGGAAGAUUUUUGCUAUCAGUCUCCCGAGCAGGGUGGACAAGCGCGAUAACCUGGUUCUCGGUUCAUCGGUUAGCGACUUUCACAUCGACUGGAUCGAUGGGGUCACUCCUGAUGAACUCAAUCCCAAAGCAUAUCCUUACAACUGGAAUUAUGACCACAAGCCGACCGAGUAUGCAGCUCGACGGGCGCACGUAAAUGCCUUGCAACGCAUCGUGAGGGAACGGCUAGGAAGUGCCAUCGUCAUGGAGGAUGAUGUCGACUGGGACGUAACUAUUAAGACUCAACUACAGAGCUUUGCCUUCGCGGUUCGAGCUCUCCAGGGAGUGACUCAGAAAGCAACUGAUUCGCCAUACGGUGAUGACUGGGACAUCAUCUGGUUAGGCCACUGUGGUGUGGAGUGUCGGACCGAUGUGCCCUUGUUUAUGAGCUCAAAUGAUCCCACUGUGCUUCCACCGCAUCAUUUCCUACCUUACUGGCGCGAUCCACCUCCUAUGGCGAUACCGGAUCACUCCCGCUUAGCCUGCGCCGUGCACGAUGCUGUUUGCUCAAUUGUCUAUGCUGUGAGCUAUCGUGGUGCUCAGAAGAUUCUCGCCGCUCUUUCCGUGAACCCGGGGGGGCUCGCAGAGCAGAUCGACAUUGGCGCUCAAUUCGACGUGUCCCUCGGUAGGAUGUGUGGCAACGGCUAUUUGCGAUGUUUCGCUGCCUAUCCUUCUCUAACAGGCGGUUAUCAGCCCGCCGGGCCUUUCUCCAAGGCUUCGGAUAUCCAUGACGAGGGUCAGGACGUGCAUCCCGCCUCCAGUAACGGGGUGAUGUACAGCACCAUGCUCAAUAUCAACCGUAUAUUGACCGGAGAUAAGACGGUCACUGCAACAUGGGAUGAUGCGCCGAUUCCGGUCGUUAAUCCAGUUAAUAUUUCUGCUGUUGGGGGAGCUCUACUCCUGCUAGGAGAGGAGGGGGCGUAUACCCUUACAGAUGUUGACCCAUAGAUGGGAGGAAUACGAGUCUGCUAUUUGAUAUAUCUACUGUAUGCUGUAUAAAGAACGUUUUGGUGUUCUUGGAGGAUAUCUGUUAAUCAUUUCACUUUCCAACAAAGUCUUGCUUGGUGUAGUGGUCUUUGGCCCGAGUCGUAUCCAACAGCGCUACCUGAGCUAACCAGCGGCCUUAGCCACACCCCAACCUACUUUCAAGCGCCAUAGUGGACCCUGAAUGGUGGCGAGAUGGCAUUGGUGGGCUCAGGUGCUAAAAUUGAGAAUCCAGGCGAC